AUGCAGACAGAAUUUCAAGGAAAUGGAUAUGGCAACCCCCGCAACUCACCAGGUCUGCUGGUCUCACCUGGCAAUUUGAACAAGAAUAUGCAAGCAAAAUCUCCGCCUCCGAUGAAUUUGGGAAUGAACAACCGCAAACCAGAUCUCCGUGUGCUUAUUCCACCUGGCAGCAAGAAUACCAUGCCAUCAGUGUCUGAGGAUGUUGAUCUGCUUCUGAAUCAAAGGAUAAAUAACUCCCAGUCUGCUCAGUCAUUGGCUACUCCAGUGGUUUCCGUAGCAACUCCUACUCUACCAGGGCAAGGGAUGGGAGGAUACCCAUCAGCAAUCUCAACAACAUAUGGUACUGAAUAUUCUCUGAGUAGUGCGGAUAUAUCAUCUCUCUCUGGGUUUAAUACAGCCAGUGCUCUUCAUCUUGGUUCUGUGACUGGCUGGCAACAGCAACACCUACACAACAUGCCACCAUCUGCCCUCAGUCAAUUGGGAGCUUGCACUAGCACUCAUUUAUCUCAGAGUACAAAUCUCUCCCUGCCUUCUACUCAAAGCCUCAACAUCAAGUCAGAACCUGUUUCUCCUCCUAGAGACCGUACCACCACACCAUCGAGAUACCCGCAGCACACGCGCCAUGAGGCGGGGAGAUCUCCUGUUGACAGUUUGAGCAGCUGUAGCAGUUCCUAUGAUGGAAGUGACCGAGAAGAUCACCGGAACGAAUUCCACUCCCCCAUUGGACUCACCAGACCUUCGCCGGACGAAAGGGAAAGCCCCUCUGUCAAGCGCAUGCGGCUCUCUGAAGGAUGGGCAACAUGAUAACAUUAUUACCUAUUAGUUGUUUUUUUUUUUUCUUGCAGUGUGUGUGUGCUAUACCUUAAUGGGGGGAGGGGGGAGGGGGUCGAUAUGCAUUAUAUGUGCCGUGUGUGAAAAAAAAAAAAGUCAGGUACUCUGUUUUGUAAAAGUACUUUUAAAUUGCCUCAGUGAUGCAGUAUAAGGAUAAACAGAAAUGCUGAGAUAAGCUUAGCACUUGAGUUGUACAACAGAACACUUGUACAAACUAGAUUUUAAGGCUAACUUCUUUUCACUGUUGUGCUCCCUUGCAAAAUGUAUGUUACAAUAGAUAGUGUCAUGUUGCAGGUUCAACGUUAUUUACAUGUAAAUAGACAAAAGGAAAACAUUUGCCAGAAAUGGCAGAUCUUUACUGAGAGAGAAAGCAGCUGUUAUGCAACAUAUAGAAAAUGUACAGAUGUUUUGACAGACCCAGCAGUUGGGUGGCCAUGAAUUGAUUCUAGAAAGAGACUGGGUCACCUAACAUACCGAAAAUUCUCACAAACAUGCAGGCAUAUUUUUAGAGUAUGGCACUCAUUUAAAAAGGAUCGAAACAUUUAAAGAGGACCAUACUUGUAAAAAUGUUGAGUUCGAGGGCUGACAUAUUUAAUUUUAAAAAUUCUGGGUCUGCAUCACUUAUUAAAUAAAAAAAAAAAGUAUAAAAAUAUGUACAUUACAUUUUGCUUAUUUUCAUAUUAAAAAGUAAGACAGAGUUUGCAAAGCAUUUGUGGCUUUUGUAGUUUCCUUAAGCCAAAUUGUGUUCUUUUUUCCUUGAUAGCUUUGCUAAUCUUUUAAACAGUCCUGAAGAAACAAACAAAAAAGGACUUUUUGUAUAGAAAGCACUACCCUAAGCCUUGAGGAACUCCAUGCUUUGCUAACCAAGAUAACUGUUUUCUCUUUGCAGAAGUUUUGUUUUUGAAAUGUGUAUUUCUAAUUAUAUAAAAUAUUAAGAAUCUUUUAAAAAAAUCUGUGAAAUUAACAUGCUUGUGUAUAGCUUUCUAAUAUAUAUAAUAAUUAUGGUAAUAGCAAAAGUUUUUGUUAUCUUAAUAGUGGGGAAUUAUAUUUGUGCAGUUGCACAUUUAACUAUUUUCUUUCGGUUUUCUUUUACUGGGUAUACAUUUUACAGAUCAAAGUCAGCUGUUGAAAGACUGAUCUGUAAACAGUUAGACUUUACCCAUGGUGUAACAACCUAAAUCAUUUUAAUGCAGCAUUUUACAAACAGUUGGGUGAACUGCGAUCCAUUGUAUAUACUGAUUAGUUCUUUCAUGCUGUUUUGUGCAUUGUAACAAGUUAAGGGCCCUUCUAUUACUUAACGUCCUGCGUAUCUUGUAGUUUUCCAUGGGUUAAAUGACAAAGUGGCGUAACUUGGCCCUUUCUCAUUAAUGAAGCUGGUAUUCUGCCUGUCAGAAUUGGGUGUGCAGCUCGAACGGCUGUCAGCUUACGUGAGUGCAGGUGAAUAUGUGCCGAAGCAGCAGAGAGAGGCAAAGGGAGGGAUCAGCACAAAUGUGCCUGGUAUAAAGAUUACUCCCCUCUCUCACAGACAUCAAACUUCUACAGAGAUCAUCAAUUAAAGGAUCAAACAAAGUCAACUGAUCUUACACAGCCAAUGUUGGCCAUCAGGUCCCUGAUUCUCACGGACCUCCGCAGUCACGUCAUCUCACAGUGGGCACGUUGUUGAGCAACGCUCCCUGUGUGUUUACACCAGAGCAGGACUUGCUUUAGCAUAUGGCAUCCACAUUUUGUCCAGCCUCAUACUGUUCCUUUGACUAAGAUAACUUGACCAGAGGGAAUGUGUCAUUUUCUUCAAGUCCCUCUUUGUUCCUCUUGUUUAUUAGAAAAAAAAAAAAAUGGUGUAUUCAAGUGUUUCAGUUGAAUCUUUCUGUUGGAGGGGAAAAGUGUUUAAGCAAAAUGUUAGUGCCAUAGUAAAACUGUAAUAUAUCUCCUUUUUUCCAAGAGUCCUUCCAGGUCUCGCCUACAUACAUUGACACUAUGAUGAAGGAUAUAGCUGCGACAGCGAAAUGUCAACACAAAAUAUUUUGUUAAGGGAAAUCCACACUCUUUUUCCCACCUGUAUGUGCAGUUGCUGUGCACUGCUCAAUGAUAGAGUGUACCUCUCUUUAGUAGAGAAUGAUGAUCAGACUACAGUGUGCAUUAGGACAUAGGCUCUUCACUUACCAUGACUUUACAGAAACCUGCCUUACAGGCACUGUCAGCCGUGCAGGGGCUAGUGUAUAAUCUGGAAACUCCUUAAGCAGAAUACUGUGCUACUAAUGCAUCCAUCUUUUCUCGUGGAGCAAACUGCAGGGUAAACAAAGAUACGCAUGUUUAAAAACAAAACAAAACAAAACAAAAAAAAAAAAACAAACAACAAAAAGAAAAAAGCACAAAAAGAAAAAAAAAGUCAAAUGGGGCCCAUAAUUAAUUUUAAAACACAAAAUAACCUGUUUUUGAAACCACUUUCUUCACCUUCAGAUGAAUCAAUACUCAUAUUCUCUUCUGAGAAUAUUAAAGUUUGAUGUGUCAAAAAUAUGCAAAUAUAUCAUAAAUGUACCUUGUCAUUUCAAGAAAAAAAUACUUUAUCGGUAUUGUAGUAGAAACUUGUCAGUGGGGAAGGGGAUUUGGUCUAUUGAUACAUGAAGAAUAGCCAUAUUAAUAGUUUACCUUGCGAUUUGCCUCAGCAACGCAUGAAAAAAAUGAAAGAUACCAUAUUUAAUGAAGAUGCAGUAUAAUAUAUUACUGCAAGUAACUAAGCAGAAAGUAGCGUGAAAAGUAUUGCCUGGGCAAUUUAUAUUAACUCUGACAGUGAUUUUUGUAUAAACAUGAGUAGAACAGAAUCACGUGAAAAUAAAUGCCAGUUGGCCCUCUUGUCCCUUUUGCAGAGGGCAACUAACUUAUACUGGCAAAAUUGUGGGGGAUAAUGCAUAUUUGCAAACUGAUCUAAUGAUAAGAAGCACAACAUUGAUUGUGAAGUCACUUUCUGUAAACUAUAACUGUCUACCUUUCUUGUUCCUUUAUCUGUACCUUACCAUUUAUUGUAUUUGCAAAGCUAAUUUGGGUUUAUUGUGUGAUUCCUUUGUAUUUAAGGAGUUUAGGGCAGAGCCCUGAAAGAGUAUUAACAUUUACUUUACCUUAACCCAUGUUAUAUGAUGUUUUAGGCAACAUUCUUAAUUGUAAGUUCAAACACCUGAAGUGGCAUUCUAGACAUCUGCAAGUAUUGUUAUAGCUAAGCUAACCCCUAUUAAAAGGUGUUGUCAGUUAGUGUUUAAUUGCUGGUGACAAUUAUAUGAUAUACCCUAUCUGCACAACAUGUAUAUUGUAUGCAUUGAACCAUUCGCAGUAAAGCUUUUGUCAUUUCAGUGUCUUUCAAAAGUUGUGUUUUAUAACAAAAAUGGCUUAUAUUUUUCCCAGAAGAGGAAUUUAGCAAUUUUUAAUGAAUAAUAUAAAAACUAUCUGUUGUCCUCAGAUCUUUUUCAGGUAAAGCUAGCAUAAGAAUAGAAGAACUGUUUUCAAGGAUGUCAACCCUUUUGUAUUGUAUGUGUUAUCCUAUAUACCCUCUUUUAUCUAUAGUCUAACACCUGUUUUGUUUUCCUUCUUCCUUCGCCUGGAAGGUAAAUGCUUUGUAAUUUUUUAAAAGCCACUUGAAACCUCAAUAAAGGCUGUUGCCUAAACAUGGCAUACUUCAUCUGUUCCUGUUUGUGCCAUCUGCUGUGAUGUCGUCAGUUAUAUGGCAUUAAUUUCCUGCCACUACAGGUCUCUUGAAGGACUGAUGGAACAUUGGUAUCUGUUAGAAUGCUUCAGACUGUAGAUGUAAUAAAAGGCUUUUGUUAAUACAUUUUAACCAAAGAUGUGGAGCAAUCCAAGCUUUGAGCCACAGACUUUAUGCAUCAAAAGUAUGUUUGAUUAUUUUCGUAAUCAGGUGUUGCAUUUCUACCUUCCCGUCAUACCUCAGACUGAUCCGUACCUCAGUUUGAUUCAAAAAAAGGUCAGUUAAGUCAUUUAAAAAAUAAAAAUAAAAAUAAAAAAUGCAGUACCAGAGUCUUUUGUGGAUUAAUUAAUAUCAGACCUGGGUUACUGCAGGCAUUACACUUGGAUUGCUUCAGAUGGUUUGUUGUAUCCUUUUUUUUUUCUUUUUUUCUUCUCUUUCAUGGGGAUUUGCUUCCAUAAAACAAUGGUGAUAACAAAAUAGCUUGUAAAUGGGAGCAUACAAGCAUUUGCAACAAAUAUUAAAGUAGAGGCUCACAGCGGCAUAAGCUGGACUUUGUCGCCACUAGAUGACAAGAUGUUAUAACUAAGUUAAACCACAUCUGUGUAUCUCAAGGGACUUAAUUCAGCUGUCUGUAGUGAACAAAAAUGAGAAAAUUUCAAAAGAUUCUCCUGCUGGAAAUAAGGUAUAAUUUGUAUUUUGCAGACAAAUCAGUAAAGUUACUGGCUUUCUUAGUGA